GUAAACAGUUAAUUUGUUAUCCAAUCAUAACUAAAAGUACUCUAAAUGGGUCGUUUGUAUUUGUCUAAUUUAUUUCCUGUUUCUCAAUAUAAUUGUUGUGUAAUAAUUUUCCGUCCUCCAGUGUUCUGGUUUUCUGUUUCUGUUGGUUAUAUGCAUCCUUGCUCUUGUAGUACUAUAAAUCAAUCCACAAAAUUUCGUGUCUAAUUUUUAUUAUUGAUACUUCGCUCGUCCAACAUCCUUUUUGGUUUUAAGUCAGUUAUCCACUACUCAUGUGAAGUUGGUCUUGUGUACUGCAAAUCUACUGACCAUCCAUGUGCAUACUGUAUAAAAGGAAUGAUUUUUUAAAGAUUCGACUUCAGAAACAUGUAGUGGUCAGUAUAUUAUUAAACUGCGGCCUCUGCAUCUACUUGAACCGUACAAAAACUAAUAACAGGGCGCUUUUUUCUUCUCAGAUGUAAUUUCUAAUCGCUUCCGGCGAAUCAAAAAAAUGCCAUCUCCGGACCCGCUACUAUGUAAUGUUGUCUCCAAUAAACUUGUACUUGUCUCUGACGUAUCUAAUCAAAAUGUUAUUCACUACAUGUUGGCUUUUUCCGAUGUUUCGUAUGAAGUGAUUUUUAUUCAAUUUUGCAUUUCCAGUCUUGAGGUUUUAGGGAUCUUGUAUGUAAGACAGUUAUUUUAACGUUAGUUGUUUGUCCGGGGAAGUUGCUGAGGUGCUGAAAAAUAUAUAAAACCCUUUAGAAUGUUUUUUCUAUUUAAUAAGACCUAGGAGUCAGUAGUUCAUGUGUUUGACUUCUAGUCACUAAAUGUCGGGUUGGAGCCCUGCCUCACCUUUAUCUUCAAAAUCUUGUUUUCUAUUUUUUUUGUAUUCUCUUCACUCAAGUUCAUGUUCAUCCUGAUCUUCGUUUCCAUCAACUCUGUUUUUGUAUCGUUCCAAAGGAUGGAAGGUUGGAAUGAUACAUUUUGAAAUUCUACAUUGAUAUAUUUUUCUUACAGUGCUCAACCUCUUUAGGAAAUCCAUUAAAAAAGCAAUUCAUGGGGAAGACACCAUUGUCAGAAUCUGAAAUUUUCAAUUAUUUAGAGCGACUAUCCAAUACAUUGUUCAAACCAGGCGAUUAUUCGCUUUUUGAACAUAAUUGUAACACUUUCAGUGAACACUUUAUAUUUCACUUGACUGGACAGCAUAUCCCAUCGUAUAUAUUGAACUUACCUAAUGAAGUUUUGUCUACACCAUUUGGAGCUUCAUUAGGUUCAGCUUUGAAUGUCCUGUCGGUUGGAAUCAAUUCCAAAACACGUUUGAAUAGUAUUAAAGAAAUUCCAUCUAAUAACGAUAAACAUACAUACGCUGAUAUUAUUAAAUCUUUUCGACCAAUAUUUUUUGAUGAACCUUUAUCCUCAGAACUUCUUCCUCAUCGUAUAUAUUUGUUAUGGCCAGCUGAGGAAAAUGCAAGUUUACCAACUUUAGCUUCAGAGUUAUCAAGAGUACUACUUCAUGAGAACACGGAAGUAAAAUGUGCUGAAGAAUGUUCACCUCUACUUGCAUUGGAUGAAUUGAUUACGGGUGAUCAAUGUCGGGCAGUAUGUGAAUUAUUUCGUUUAGCUAUAUGGAAAGAUUCUAAUAUAUUGAUGAAUUUGUUCACUGAUCCAAGACGUUUAUUGCACAAAUUAAGUACAGUUAAAACACCUUAUGUAAAACCAUGUGAAUUUUAUGAUACUGAAGCAUCUCGUGCAAAAUUACUGUGCAACUGUUUAGGUUUAUCAUUGAACUGGACAAUUAUGCGUGAUGAUGAUAUGAAGCUAGAUAUCAAUAGUAUUAUACAAAUUAGUUUAACCCUGUUAAAUCAUGAUGUUGAAAAUCAUUUAUCCAAAGAGAUUAUGGGAUCCGCUUCCACACCAUCAACAGUAAUAACACCUAGUUAUUUACCAAAUUUAUUGCCAGAACAUAAAUUGGUCGGUUUAGCAUUAGCUCACAAUGUUUCCUUAUAUCCAACGCUCAGUGAAAAUGAAGCGUUAGAACUGGGAAGUUAUUUGUUACAUCUAGCUGUAACAAGUGAAAAAUCAUUUAAAUAUCCAAUCGAUACAAUUUAUUUACUCCGUACAAUCUACUUCUUAGCUGUACGAUUUUCAAGUCUUGCUGACUUAGCCAAAUGUUAUGAUAUUGAAACAUUUCUUCAUGAACUCAUUAAUGAAAGACACUAUUCAAAUCAUAAUGUAAUCCCGUCGUCAUCAUCAUUAAACUCGUCAACUGUCCCGAACGAACACAAACACCAGGUUGACUACAAAAAUAGUUUAUCUCAGACCACAAGAACAAGCAGUCUUUUUCAACCUUCAAAGAAUAUAGAAAGUGGUAUUGAAUCAGAUUCAUUGACAACUUUCGACUAUUUGAUCGCUUCAAAACUGCUGAAUGUUUUAUCAAGUAAUUGUGAAUCAGAUGAGAUAUAACAAAGCGCCAUUAAUUUGUGAAUAAUUUCAAAGUGAAUAUACUAUUCUUGUUAAUUUUAGGAAGUGACUUUUUAUUUUUACCGUUUUCAAUACCAUCAGCGCUAUCAUCAUCAUUACUGUCAUUGUUAUUACUUGAAAGUGAUUUACGUUUAUUUUUUCACCGAUUAAUUUUCAAUAUUCAUUCUAAUAUAUUUUAUUCAUCCUACUUUCUGUUUCCUUCUCAACGUCAAUUAAUUAAGUUCUCGUCCAAUAUUCAUAUUGCUCGUUUUCUUUAAUGACAUUGAAAAUAUUAUAUUUUACUAUUGAAAAUAGACGGCUUUUUUCUUACAUUUCUUCUUAUUUACCAUUUCAUUUAAUUGUUUCAUUUUGUGUGUGUAUGUGUGGUUUUAUCAUUAGUUGUAUUAGUGAUAUAGAUGCCGAAUCGUUGUCGACAUAAUACAGUUGACUUGGUCUUGUUCACGAAA